GUGGGCCGCAGCCAGAACUACAAGAAGAUGAUGAGGUCGAAAACGACACCAACGAGACCGCUCCAAACAUCAGCUUGAAUGUCACGGUGACGAAGAGGCCAACCACUGUGCGAUCCAGCACGACCAGCUUCCUGGCGCCAACCACAACUGCUGGUCCGGACAAUUCCGAUGGUAUCGACGAGAAUGUUUCCGACGACAGCGACGAUGUGAAUGAGUCGGACAACGCUUCAACAACAACCCAGACAACGACAACUAGCAGCACCACAAGCACGACAACGUCCAGCACGACCACAAGCAGCACGAGCACAAGCACCAGCACCAGCUCCACCUCCACAACCACAUCAUCUUCUUCGACCACCUCCAGCUCCACUUCCACUACGACCUCUACAUCGUCCACCUCCACUUCUUCAUCCACUAGUUCCACAACCUCUUCCACGAGCAGCACCACCAUCACCAGCACCACAACCACUUCGUCUACCACAUCCACCGUUACUACAACCGAUGAGAAUGCCACUUGGUCGAAUUACACAGAUGACAAUGAGACGCUGGAGGAGAGAAUUCCAGACAUCAUCAAUGUGUGGGUGUCUGGCGGUGAUUUCUUUGUGAACAGGGAAGUUGGUUGGGACACGAAUUUUGUGACCACAGAGCCCGAGUACUUGUCCCGUCAUCUCAUACUGUGCCCGACUCCCGACGGCCUCUCCUGGCUGCAUAAAGGGGAAGACAUGGUCAAGCUGCGCGUGACGCUGAAUGGUCAGGAGUGGUCAGAUUCCUCUUUGGGGUUGACGGUUUUGCACAGAGACGUCGAGCCGGAAAUGGCUGAGGACCUAGUCCUUCAGCCAGACAUCCCACGGUUGGAGGUGCAGGGAAACCUCUCACACGAUCCCGAGUUACGAUUCAGGCUGGCUCAAGUGACACCCGUUGUGGGCCCUUCCUCUGGGGGUACCGACUUGACCCUUACCAUCACGACCUGGCCGCGGCUUCUUCCAGACUUCCACUUCGACUGCGUUAUUGGCUUGCAGAGGGUCCCUGCCACCUUAUUGCAAAUCCAAUCGUCUCCGGAUUUCCGCAGCUACACGCUGGGAUGCACUGUGCCCAUUGCUAUGAACAUCCCAAGGUUGACUGCCGCUGGCUGCACUUGCAAAAAAGUCUGGUUCACACCUUCCGGACAGAUGUGCGACAGCUCCUGUUGCAAUCCUGAUGGCGAUGCACCGAGGUCCUGGUGCGCAGUCGAACAGCCUUUAUGUCAGGGUGCCGACUGGGGCGUGUGCGACAGUGAAGAGGAUCCCAUGUUGGCCGGCAGCUACCCGGUCUGUGUGCGUGUCGUGCCAUCCUCUGCAGAGAAUGUCUUCGAGUAUGAGCCCUGCCAGCAUCGGUUCACCUACAUCAGGCAGCCCCAUGUCGACAGCGUGUCGCCGCGUUCUGGGCCAAACACAGGUGGCACAAACGUUUCCGUGCACGGACGGUACUUCCCCGAAGAGCGACUGGGUGGGCUCUUGUGCCGUUUCGGCAGUCAAGAAGCAGGAGCCAUAGCUCCGGGACGAUGGCUCAGCAGCCGGGAAAUCACUUGU